AUGAUUUUGGAGUGUGCCCCAGUGUGUCCCAGUGUGUCCCAGUAUGUCCCAGUGUGCCCCAGUGUGUCCCAGUGUGUCCCAGUAUGUCCCAGUGUGUCCCAGUGUGUCCCAGUGUGCCCCAGUGAGUUCCCAUGUGUCCCAGUGUGUCCCAGUGUGUCCCAGUACACCCCCAGUGUGUCCCAGUGUGUCCCAGUGUGUCCCAGUGUGCCCCAGUGUGCCCCAGUGUGCCCCAGUGUACCCCAGUGUGUCCCAGUGUGCCCCAGUGUACCCCAGUGUGCCCCAGUGUGUCCCAGUGUGUCCAGUGUGUCCCAGUGUGUCCCAGUGUACCCCAGUGUGUCCCAGUGUGUCCCAGUGUACCCCAGUGUGCCCCAGUGUGUCCCAGUACACCCCAGUGUGUCCCAGUGUGUCCCAGUGUGCCCCAGUUGUGUCCCAGUGAGCUCCCAGUGCACACCCAGUGCACCCCAGUGA